AUGAUUGUGUACAAGACGCCCACCAUCGUGAGCACAGAUCUAUUUGACUUGGAGAAGUUUGGUUGCUUCCAAGUGCGUGGCUUCCAAGGAGGAGAAGGCCUCGACUACUUCGCGAAGGCUGCUGCCAGUGGAUUGGGCGUCAAACAGGAGCAUUUCAAGAAGUGGUGGAUCCAUCCAAGGAUAGAGUUCUCAGCUCCGGUAACGCGCAUUGGUGUCCGUUUACAAGAUUUGACGACGGGUGAGCUGAGAUGGGAUGCAAUCUACGACCUGGGCAAGGCGGCCUGGAAAAAUCGGCUGCCAACAGAGGAGACAACCUGCCCGGAAGAUGGCUGGCAUCUGUGCGAAGAAGAAGAGCCAGUGGGUGGUGAACAUCCUUUUUUUCUGCCAGAUUGGUGCCCUGGUCCGAAUGACGGCAUGUCGCACAAGUACAUGCUCACGGUGAGUAACCUUGGCUCGCGCGACUCCCCGGAGCAGCCCUUGGUUGGGGAGAUGCUUUUCACUCAGUACGGGAUCAACCAAUUGGACAACACGUACGCCUUCGAAAUGCAUGCUCCGCUCUCUGCAAAAGAUCAAGCCCGCUUCAACGAGAUCGCAGGUGCGCGCAAGAAGGAUGCCAUCUCCCGGACAACUGGCCGGGUAGGAGCCCCCGAGGGCAUCGCGACAGAAAUGGCUCGCGGAAAGGUUCCAAGCAGCAAGCUGGACACGCUGAAAAAGGCCAAGGAUUUCAAGCCGCCUACGGUAGUGACGCAGCAAGUGAAAGUUGGUAGAGGUUUGUAUGUGGGUGCGUGUGGCCGUGUGGCCGUGUGCCACGUGGUCCUGCGAUGGAAGAACACAUCCACGGAUGCUGAAGAGCAUGCAAGGACUGCUGCACACUCCACUUCGGCCUUGUUUGCCAAGGACGUUCGCCGCUUUGGCGCCCUGGCCGAGGCUCCAGUGCUGGAGGCACAGCAGGAGCUGCAAACCCAGGCGGAGACAGCUCGAAAUAUCACGGAAGAAGAGUUCUGGCGCCUUGUUGGCGAAGCCAAGAUCUCUGAGGUGAUCAUUGCAUCCUGGAGCGGUAAGCAGCUCCUUGCUGAAGUGGAAGGAGAGCUCGUGGCAGUUGUGGAAGAGAGUGAGGUGGAGGACCUCCGGAAUGAGCUCAUGGUCCGUGGCAUUCCUGUGCGAUAUCCAGCUGGAGAGGAGUUGAGCGAAGAGGAGGCACUGGCACAAGCCGAGCUAAGCUCCGAGGGUCCAGUUGCCAGCGGGCUUCUGUCAGCCUUGGCACUUGGAAUUGCAGACAGCUUGAUAGAGAUCAGUGCCUCCGUGGCGGUCCCUGCAUUGGAGGUGGAAGGCCAGUCCAUCUUCGAGGCAAAGCCGCCAGAUGCUGUCAUGGCAGAAGACAUCGGGCUGCUGAACAAGGACCUUCGCAUCCUUGGUCGGGCAGUGGAGGGUGUUGAACGAUCUGUGGAGGCUGACUUCCAGGCUGCUGAGAACAUGGCGUCGCGCGAGGCCACUGAAGCCACCGGAGUCUUUGGGACCUGGCUGAUGUCUGUGGAGAAAUGGGGCCAGGAUGUUUGGGCUGGACUCUCUGCCAACCACGCGCCUGGCGUGGGCGGUGUGAUCGAGGACAGCUUCAUGGGCCUUCUCUCAGCGGUAUCCGUCUUUUCGCUUGUCCAGAUGGCGUUCCUGAAGCGGAAGUCGAAUUCUUUUAGUGGCUUCAUGCACACGGCGACGGGUGCCAUGCAGAUUGGCGUUGUUCUCUAUGCUAUCAUUGAGGAGCGUUGUCUACGCGAAUCACCAGGCGUUCUGUGGGCAAUCUCCACUUGGAUCAUUUUCAUGGUCAACAACAUCACCAUGUGGCCUUUGCUCAAGUACUUCCGCGGGCCGGAGGUGCAGAGGGUGCUCUUCAAGCUUGCGUACUCAUUCAUCAUUUCUUUCCAAGGCAUCCAUGCCAUAGCCUGGUCCUAUCAGUACCCAUGGCUCUACUGGGUGGUCAUGCCAUACUGGUUCUGGAGUGUGAAGAAGCUUUUCGAGAGUUCCGACAAUAUUCUUGCCCUUGUUCCAGAGGGCACAGUUCCAGCAGCGAUUCAAGAGCCUGCUCGCCGGAGAGUCAAGGGCAUUCAAAAUGAUACGCCCACUUGGGUGUACUCCAUCCUCAACUUUGGGGGAGCUGUUUUCGAUAAUGCCUACAUGGCAGUCUACACCUGGCGCGGGCCUUCCGGCUUCUGGGGCUGGUCUGCAGCCAACAUUCCAGCAGUGAACGACCAUUUACGCACUGGGCUUGUGAAGCCUUGCUUCGGCUCCUUGACCAUUUCCGUGCUGGUUUUCCUGGCCACGCUUGUUUAUCGCAAGAAAGUCGACAGAAACCUGGCCCUGGCUCUCAAUGUGGUGCUUGCAAGCGUGGGUCCUUGGCUCAUCCUCUACUACCACAAGCUGGUCGACUGGGAUGAGCCUUGGCAGCCCGAGCUCAAUGGUGACUGGCCUUCGACUGCAUACCUGGCAGACCACCUUGCGGACAUCCCAGCACUCCUGGCCAUUCCCCUCAGCCUCUUCGGAGCAGGGACUAUGCAACCAGCGGCUGCAGAGGCCCUUAGCCAACUGAAUCAAUAA